AUGCCUAAAGGCAACAAGUCCAAGGAAGAACUCGAAGAGGAGAACCAGACGCUCCAGAAAGAGCUGAAUGCUUUGAAGAAUGAAAAAGCUGGAAGUGACAAGAAGAAUGAGGAACUCAGACGCAUACACUUGCGUCAAGAGAACAGGGCCAAACAGCUUUGCAAAGACAUCAACGAGCUCACAGCCGACAAUGAGACUCUUUGUGACGCUGUCGUUGCUUUGAAGACCACGAACAGCACUCUACGCAACAACAUCACGGCUAUGGAUAUGAAUGUGGCUGAGUGGGAGAAGUAUGCGUCUGAGGGAAGAGACGAGCUUGCGCAGCUGAAUCUGUAUACAGACGGGCUCGAGGAACGUUUGGAGAGACAGAGGGCCAAGAUCAAGGAACUCGAAGCCCGUCUUACAGAUGUUCAAGAGCGCAAUGAGGACCUCGAAGACCGUCUUGUCGCCAAGAAGAUCAAAGCCCAAGCGCUCAAGGCAGAGUACGACGAGCUUGAACGCAGCAACAAGGCCUUGUGGACAACCAUCAACUACCUCGAUGAGGUGAUUGAUGAAGACCAGGCUGAAGUGAUGCGUCUGCGUCAGGGAGUCCUGGUCCUCAAAGAGCACUGGGAAUCGAGUAUGCAGGAGUAA